CAAGUGUCGGUGUGCGUUCCGCGCUCGCACAGGCUCGCACUCAUAUAGCGCAGCUGACCGACGUGCAGGCCGGCCACGAUGUCGGACAGCAGUCACCUCCUUGGCCCAAGCCCUCGACCAUCUCUGGACAGUCAACGGUCCUCUUUCUCCCUUCUGCCAAAUGGCACAAACGGCAACACAGACGGAGCAGGGCACGAUGACGAGGAAGACCUCGAUCCAAUUCAACGGCUGCAGCGUGAGCUCGAGCGCACUAAGGAGGAGAAGGAAACGCUCGCAGGGCAGUACCGCAACCUCCUGUCGAAGCUGACGACGAUGCGGACGACACUCGGGAACAAGCUCAAGCAGGAUGCCGAAGAACUCGACCGGCAGAAUGAGCUUGUGCAGCAGCUGACUGCGCAGACCGAAGACCUCACCAUGACGGUUGAAACACUAAAGUCCGAGCUCGUUGCUUCGAACGAGGAGGUGGAGCGUGCGUCGCGAGAACUCGAGGCGAUGCGCAGUCGGGCACUGCAGGACAACGCGCAGGAGGCGUACAUGCGCGAGCGCGAGCUGCGAGAGACGCAGACAGAGCUCGAGCAAUGUCGGAUGGAGCGAGACGAGUGGGAGCAGAAAGCGCUGCAGGAGCAUGUAUCUGCGGAUGAGGCCCGGACUAUGCUGGCGAAUCUACGAAGAGAGCUUGAGGUCGAGCGUACGACACGAGAGAUGUCAGCUGCAGAGCUGGCUGUUGAGCGGGAGAAGUGCGUCAACUUGCAGUCGGUGUUGGAGGAUUUCCAGGCGGCGAAGGAUCAUGACUUGAAGCAAGCAACCAAGGAAUAUGAAGCCCAGAUAGAUCAUAUUACACAGUCACUAGCCGAAUACAAGAGCCGUGCACUGAACGCCGAGCUCCAGCUGCAGGAGUCGUCGACGAGCAAUUCGCGGACACAAGAGUUGGAGAGGGAGGUGAAGGAAAAGCAACUGCUCAUUGGAAAGCUUCGGCAUGAAGGUGUGAUCAUGAACGAGCAUCUCAUGGAAGCCCUUCGUCGCCUGCGGCAGUCUUCAACGGACACGAAUGUGGACAGGAGACUGGUCACGAACGUGCUGUCAUCCUUCCUUAAUACUCCUAGAGGCGACCCAAAACGCUUCGAGAUGCUCUCGCUCCUUGCGACUAUUCUCUCUUGGACAGAUGACGAGCGGGAACGAGCAGGUCUUCAGCGCAAAGGCGGGCCAGCGCCUGCUAUGUCCGCGGUGGCAGGGUUCUUCAGCCGCGGGUCGCCCACAAGAACGAGGAACCUCGAGCUCGAAAAGACCGACGAGACAGAGUCAUUUUCUCGCUUAUGGGUCGAAUUUCUCCUCACUGAAGCAACCUCGGGCGAAGAGGCGCGCUCCAGUUCCUCAUCACCCAUGAAAUCCCCGCGAAACAACUCCCUCCCGAACUCGCCCACACGUAGCACACACCGCCAGCCAAGCCUCCUCUCCCCGCCUGAGCUCAGAGGUACGAAACGUCUACCGUCGUUUACGAGCGCGGCGAUGGCGAGUAGCCCGAACUUGGUGCUGCAGCCCCCUCCACAAGGCAAGGGGAAGGAGAGAGCGGAUUCUUGAUUUGCUUUGGAGUUUUCACUUGGACAUAUUUAUUUCUAGUCUGUACAGUCUUCAAGUUAUAGCCGGUAAUUACAUGUUCCAGGAGCAUUGCAGGAAACACACAAGUACGCAUUUCUAAUCCAUCAACCGUCUUACUGCACCGUUACAGGUCGUUCAGUGAGUUUCAUGCCGUUGUAGAGUAUGACAUGCGCGUUCUCUUCUCGUGACGGUGACUGUACACGGCGGUGCUCGCAGAACUCUACAGUACGCCAGCCUCAAGCCAGGUUAACUUUGGGCAUCGAACAUGCGUUCGGAAGAGGUUCUCCACCGGCGAAUAGACUUUGCUCUUACAGUUCAGAAUCUGAUUCGCCAUAAAACACCGCUGACCUAUUGAUACGCUGAUCAACGGAAGUAAGUAGCGCCG